AAGAAACCUUUCAUCCAUUCAAACCAAGCAAGAAAAUGCACCCAUCUUCCCAUUUUCUCACCACCCAAUUCCUCCGCGCUUUCUCCUCUCUCUAUGUGACUCUUGACUUCAAGCUUCCAUCCUGAGGCGUCCAUCCUUCCCAUCCAACGCUCAAGCUAAGCUCUUAGAAAUUCCUGUUACAGCGACGAUGAAACAAUCUACUUCACAUCUCUUGGCUUCUUUCUUCCUUCUUUCCUUGUAUUUCUAUGUUAAUUGAUGCAUAAAUAAUUAUACUGAAACAAGGAAGAAAGAAAGUAAAACAGAGGAAGAGGAGGCUUAUGUUUGGGACAUGGAGAAGCAAUCAGUUGCAGCCACUUCGACCAACGGCCGGAAGAAAAACGAGUUUCUUAACAUGAUGAAGAGUGCUUUUUCUCUGAAUUCAUCGGCUCCAGACACUGGGAAGGGGCGAAGUAAAUCAUCAAGUAACAGAGUCUCACAUGGAUUCCACCUGGUGGAAGGAAAAUCCGGUCAUGACAUGGAAGAUUACCAUGUUGCAGAGUACAGGAGCAAAAAGAACCACGAGCUCGGAUUAUUUGCCAUCUUUGAUGGGCACCUUGGUGAUCGCGUUCCAAAUUAUCUGAAGAACAAUCUUUUCAAUAACAUACUUGAGGAGCCAAACUUCUGGAAAGACCCUGAGAAGGCGAUAAGGAAUGCCUACCGUUCUACUGAUAAAUAUAUUCUUGAAAAUUCUUCGAGAUUAGGGCCUGGUGGUUCAACAGCAGUUACAGCAAUUGUUAUUGAUGGUAAGGACUUAUGGGUAGCAAAUAUUGGUGACUCCAGAGCCGUCUUGUGCGAAAGGGGCUCUGCAAAUCAACUUACAGUUGACCAUGAACCAGAUAGUGAAAGGAGAAGGAUUGAGAAGCAGGGUGGUUUUGUGACAACUCUUCCUGGAGAUGUGCCUAGAGUUAAUGGCCAACUUGCUGUUGCACGUGCAUUUGGUGAUCAAAGCCUCAAGGCUCAUUUAAGUUCAGAACCUGAUGUAAGGCAUGUAGGCAUUGAUGAAACUAUGGGAUUUGUUAUUUUGGCAAGUGAUGGCUUAUGGAAGGUCAUGAAGAACCAGGAAGCAGUAGAUUUGGUGAAAUCUAUAAAAGAUCCUCAAGCAGCAGCAAAGCGGUUGACCACCGAAGCGUUGGCGAGGAAAAGUAAAGACGACAUAUCGUGUAUCGUCAUCCGCUUCAGAUGCUGAAAAGAAUGUGCUCGUUUGUGAUUUCUGUUAGUGUCAUUCCUUCUGAAUAUGAAUGGAGACUGGGAGGUUGUACCUGUAGAGAGAGCAGAAAUUUGUUGCAGAUGUUGUUGCAGACUUGCACUGUGACCAUAACAUAUCAGCUGGUGUUUGAGCAAUUAGAGAAAAGUGCGAACCACCCAUAUAUCAUCAAGGAGAGGAGAGAGUCCCCACCAUGAAUGGGUCUGUCUGGAGCCUAAUUUACAUAAUUUACAGAGCUAGCUAGUUCUUUCUUAUUGAUACUUGGAACAUGAAAGAUUUCUUUUGUACUGUAUGUAUAUAUUAUAUGUGGUCUAUUGGUAUUAUAACAUGGAAACCAUUCACUUUAUGUAGUCUUAUCUUUGUUGUUCUGUUUA